CCCUGUGAUUAACAUGGAGCGAACUGAGGAGCCGGGCAGGAUGCCUCUGAACGCAGCAGUCACCGGAUACGGCACCGUGGCAGGCCCGAGGCUGUCGGCCAGCGUGGGCGGCUCGGAGUCGGCCUUGCUGCUCGUCCCGGAGCCUGAAGCGGAGCCUUUCCAGCAGUGGCAGCCCCUGACUAAGGAGGAGCUGGAGGUCGCCGCGGGGGGUCCGCGGUGGCGGAAGGCGCGUUGUUACCUGGUGCUGCUGUUCUGGCUGACCUGGCUGGCCAUGCUCGCCAUCGCCAUCGCCAUCAUAGUAAUGAGCCCCCGGCCGGUUAAAACGCCGCUCAAGUGGUGGCAGAAGUCGCUGUUCUACCAGCUGCAGCCCGACCUGCUCACGGAGGAGCGAGCCGACGGGUCAGGGGGCAUCAAUGCGCUGUGUAAGCAGCUGCCCUACCUCAGGUCCCUGGGUAUAGGCGCUCUAAUCCUGGAGGGUCCGUUUGACAAAAAGACCUCUCCUUUAAACUCCAAUGCCACUGGUAAAAGAUUUGGGACUUUGCCUCAGAUCCAGCAUCUGCUUGCAGAGAGCCACAAAGCAGAUCUGAAAGUGGUGUUAGACGUCUGUGAACUGGAUCUAUUGGGACCUCAGGAUGUAGCGGGAAACGCAGACAAAACAUCAAACUUCUCAGCCACACAUGCACUUCGGUUCUGGCUGGAGCAGGGUGUGGCAGGCUUUGCAAUCUGUGACGCAGAUGCAGCGUAUUCAGAAACGACUCUCCUGGAGUGGAAAGGUGUCUUGAAAGAAUUCAGCAGUGAGGAGAAGGAAAGGAUUGUGGUGGUAAAACAGACGAAAGACGUUCUGCCUCCUCUAAAAUCCUUCAGCCAGGGCAAUGUUACGCUGGUAGAUGUGGUCAUGAGGUCAAUUAUGCCAUCGUCGCAACACAUCCUGUCUGCUAAUGAAGUGGCUGUUUCCAUAGAGACACACCUGCAAACAAGAGAAGAAGACGUAUGGCCCAGCUGGACAGUUGGAGGUAAAGCAUCCCUUAACUUGAAGAAAUUACUCCUGGUGUUGGUGAUGACUCUGCCAGGGACACCUGUAGUACGCUACGGUGAAGACAUCGACCAAGCACAGAAUGCGUCUCUGGAAGUCGGCUCGUCAGAUGGAGACACGAACAAAUCAUCAGACACCCAUACAGACAAGGAGAAGAGGCCUUUAGCUUCUGCUCUCUUCUCCACCCUCAGUCACUCAAGAGCCAGAGAAGAAGCUCUUCUGUUUGGCAGUUUCACUUUCCUCCCCUUCAAUUCUUCCACCGACAACUCCUCCUCUUCCUCUAACUCCACUCUUCCCCCGAUCCUGGCCUUCUUGCGCUCCUGGGGUUGUGUCCACUUCCUCAUUCUGCUCAACGUCGGGCCUGAGCCUCACGCCCUGGAUCCCGCCUGGGCCCCGAGCCUGCCCAAAGCUGGGGUCUUUGUGGCCAACACGGGAACGGUCCGCUUGGGGUCGACAACUCUGGACACAUUGGAACUGCGGCCUCAUGAAGCCGUCGUCAUCAAACUGUUUGAGGCAGGAAGCUACUCGUAGAGCUCGUCAAUUGUGAGGAGAUAUCUGGAUUUGAGUUUUCCUCCCACAUAACAAAAGUCUGACACAAUUGUUUAUUUUUAAAGGUGUGAUGUGCUCGGGUCACUGGAAAUAAAAUGAUGGUUCUGUGAUCCAUGUGGCAUCAUUUGUUGUGAGGAUAGUGUGUCCGUGUUGGCCCUCUGGAGUCAGUCUAUUGAUGGGUAAAUACAAUGAGUGUUUUAUUCAUAGUAACAUAACUCUAGUUACAUAUCGUGUAGAGAAUCAGUUGACGUGGGGCUUUUAGACCGUAUCUUAUGUCUGUAUACCGUAGUAAAGAAAACAAUUAUUCACAUUUUCAGUGACUACAUAGACUUUUGAUAAGUCUGUUGGGAUAAAAUAAGAUGUAAAUAGACUACUAUAGUUGUGUUUUUUUUUUUUUGUUUUU